AUGGCACCCGGCGAGUCGACAGAUGAGCGUGACGAGAGAGUUGCAAAACUCUGGGGGUCGCUGGACACGCGCAGGGAAGGCCAUAUCGAUUUAAACGGAUUACGAAAGGGGCUGAAGAAGAUCGAUCAUCCUCUCAAAAAUGCAGAUGAUAUGCUCCUCAGUAUUCUGCGAGAAGUCGACACCAAUGGCGACGGUCGCAUCGAUUAUGACGGUAAGAUCACGAGCGUGGGUGCCCCCGCCGGAGGAUCCUGGGUUCCUAACUCUCCUCCAGAGUUCCGAGCAUUCGUCAACCAUACCGAAGGUGGACUAUGGCAGAUGUUCCAGCGCAUCGAUCGCAACCACAACGGAGAAAUCGACAAGGCCGAGUUGCGCAGCGCCUUUGCAAGCUCGGGGGUGACGGUCUCGAGUGCCAAGCUGGACCAAUUCUUUGCCGAGGUCGACAAAAACAACGAUGGAGUCAUCUCCUAUACCGAAUGGAGGGAUUUCCUUCUCUUCCUCCCGCUGCAUUCCCCGUCGGACCUACACGCGGUCUUGUCAUACUACACGGCCACGGGCAAUCUAAACCCGGAAGGAGAUGUCCACAUCAAUGAUCUGCAGGGUUUAGGUACAGACCACUCGUUUCUUAACCGUUAUCUCCUGGUCAUCCACAAUCUGUUGUACAAUCUCCUGUCACUCCACGCCCUGGCCUUUCUCUUCCCAUCAGCCCACGCGCAAACCAGCCAAACUUCAAAGUUGGGAACCGCUUUCGGGAAUGAAUUUGUCUCGUUUGACGGUGACUUUGAGUUGGAGUGGUUGCCAAUCCCCAGGACCGUCGCCAUGUGGAUGUCCCUCCGAUAUUAUGAACGGAAGUUGACCGAAAAUACCCCUCAACUAGGCUACUUCAUUGCUGGUGGGAUUGCGGGUGUUGUGUCCAGGACGGCCACUGCCCCCCUCGAUCGUCUCAAAGUCUAUCUCAUUGCCCAAACCGGUGUCAAGACCACGGCGGUCCGUGCCGCGAAGGAGGGAGCCCCGUUGGCCGCCGCAGGGAGUGCAUCCAGAACGCUGGUUGAUGCCCUUAAAGAACUCUGGCAAGCUGGAGGGAUGCGAAGCUUGUUUGCAGGGAACGGGUUAAACGUGUUGAAGGUUAUGCCGGAGUCUGCAAUCAAGUUUGGGGCUUACGAGUCUGCAAAACGUGCAUUCGCCCGACUUGAGGGGCAUAACGACCCCAAACGACUUCUUCCUACCUCGCAGUUCCUGUCCGGCGGUAUUGGUGGCAUGGUAGCCCAAUGCUUCGUUUAUCCCCUCGACACCCUCAAGUUUCGCAUGCAGUGUGAAACCGUGGAAGGCGGUCCGAAAGGCAACCAGCUCAUUGCAGCAACGGCGAAAAAAGUGUGGAACAAGAACGGCUUGUUCGGCUUCUUUCGCGGACUUCCUCUGGGCCUGAUGGGGAUGUUCCCCUAUGCCGCCAUCGACCUGACGACCUUUGAAUACCUGAAGCGGGCGCUCCUGGCUCGACAAGCUCGCCUCAACCACUGCCAUGAAGACGACGUGCCCCUGAACAAUUGCACCACGGGAGCAAUCGGUGCUCUCAGUGGAGGGCUGAGUGCCUCGGUUGUCUACCCCCUCAACGUCCUUCGAACUCGGCUACAGGCCCAAGGCACAGUCCUGCACCCGUCAACAUACUCCAGCAUUGGGGAUGUUGCGCGUAAAACUCUUCAAACCGAAGGACCUCGUGGCUUUUACAAAGGAAUUACUCCCAAUCUCCUCAAAGUGGCACCAGCUGUGUCCAUCAGUUAUGUGGUCUACGAGAACGCAAAGCGAUUCCUCGGCCUCAGAUGA